CUUCUGCUAUUUAUUGUUAGUUUUCUUCCCUCCAAAAAACAUGUUACAUGAUCGAAAGGCGCAUUUUUCGCAGUUGAAAAAUGCAUUUCCACAAGCAAGCAUUGUAAAGGAUACUCCAUCGUCUAUGCUUAUUGACGUUCGAGACGAGGUGCGCUUAGAUCCUUGGAACAGUUACUCGAUAUCGCUCUUAGUUGAACUUCCCGGUUCUUUUCCGCAAACUCCGCCGAGGGUUAUUAUGCCGUAUUGCUUUCACGAGGUACCCAUCACCACACUCAGAGGGGGGGAUCCAGAGAAGCCGAAAUGGGAUCCGGAGACGUCGUCGUUAGUUCAGAGCCUGCGGAAUGCGUUCGAGAAUAUGAUGGCCUACUGGGGCCCCGUCAAGCCGCCGACGAUAGCAAGCGUGACCGAACAGCUCAGUCAAGAAACGGAUCGCCUGCUCGAGGACCUUAACGGAAAUUCGAACUGUCUCGAUGCCUACUGCUAUCAGUUCCCUAUUAUGAAGCAGAUACGCAAAGUGAGCAUUCAGACCGUCAAUGAAGUGGAAUCAUUGGCUAACGAGAACUGCAAGCUCCAUUCGGAGGUUAAUUUACUCCUUAACGAAGUUACAACUCAACAAAAAAAACUCUCGCUAGAGAUGAUGAAACUCCAGGAGGCGGAUCAGAACAAAUUAAUCAUCUCCAUUUGUACCCCAGAGGCCUUGAUCCAGACUUUGGAGGCUGAUUUGCGUAAGCUACACGAGCAAAGCCGUGAGAUCGGCAAAGUGGCGCUUAAUGCGUACGGGAGCGAUAAGAAGGUUUUUGAAGAAGCCUUUGAGAAAUACAAGGCGACGUCUAAGAAAAUCCAUGAAAUCGAUCUGAAACUGCGAGCUUACCGAGCUUCGAAGGACUAGUAUCUUUUACUCACACCGUCAUGAUCUGAAGUAGCAAGAAAGUUUGUGAGUAUACAUGAAUACAUGCAACCACCACUUAAGGAGGGAGAGAGGAUAAAGAGAUCUUUUGUACAACCUACUUUUGACUAUAGUGCAGUGAAUCAAAUAUAUUUGCUUAUCAGCGUCCUGUGAAUGACUUUUUUAGUCUCCUUUUAUGUGCAGAAAAUAAAACCUUCACAAGGAAAGGGUACUGUAACUCUUUGCCUAGUAGUCUUUGUUGCAGUGCUUUUCUAUUUUGAGGAUGAAACAGAUGAAGAAGAUGAGGCGUUUUUUAUAUAUGUUUUCUUCCACUCGUCGUCAUGAAAAUCUCUUUAGUAUAUCGAACGUUUUUUUCUUAACGAGAAGAAAAUAAUCAAAGCUAGUUAUUUUAAAACGUACAACUAUGUCUAACGACACGGGCGUUGGUUCCAGAUCCUCCUCACAGUCAUUUUCUGCGGGGGCAAGUAAGGAGCAGCCUCAGGUAUGCCUCAAAUGUCAUGCGGUGCCCGCAGAGUACGAGACAAACUCCUGCCAUCAUCUCUGUUUUUGCAGGGCCUGCGCCAUGAAAUGCGCAACGGGAGGACGGUGCAAGACGUGCAAUCAGUUGUACAGUGGAUUGACAAGGGUUUGCUGAGCAAAAAAAUCUAAAAUAUUGGCCUUGUGUUCUUUGGUUUUCCCUGGUUUGUGGUUGCCGCCUUACACGUUUCCUUUCCUCACCUUGUAUUUUAUGCACAAAACAGACGAAGGAAAUAGUGGUAAUAAAGGAUCCCUAGAUGGCUUGAUGAGACUGUUGCGAUGAUUAUAUGUAUAUCACAUUUGAUGAUAUAGGGUUGAACCUGCAUUCUUUGUCAUCCUUUUUCUGACGCAAGGAUAGAGAAAGAUUAACGAUUGUAUUCAUCAGCAAAUAAAAUGUUUUUUUUUUCGGGUUGUGGAGGUCUUGCAGGAGUGUCUGCACCGAAGUAUGUUUGCAUGGACUAUCGUAUGAUUGCUGAGUUCGAUUACCAUAGGUUGAAAAACAUUUCUUUAUUUGAGCAAAAUUGGUACAUUGCCAUUAUCAAAUUUAAAGCUUCAAUUUCGUCUCAUUUU